AAAUAAUUACUUCAAUGUUGUUCGCGCCGUGUGUGAGAGCUGCACUGAUUGGGUGUAACAGGUGGUAGUGCUUGUGCGCUAUCACCUGUUAAGACGCCUUAUCAGCUUAUUACCGUGUUAUUCGAUCGGUUUUUUAUUCAAAAUGUAAGUGUGUACCGGUUGUUAUAUUAUACAUUUUAGUUUUUAAGUUAUAUUGUUUUUUUCAUUUGAAGUAAUUGUUGUUUUGGUAUUAAUCAGUAAAAACUUUGCUCAAUUUUUCGUUUUAAAAUAUAUCGUUCAUAUUAUAAUUGUAAAUUCGUAUAGUUGUAUUCUGUUUUAUGUUUUAUUGGUUAUAACAUUAUUACAAUAAAGCUACAGGUGGUAUAUCACUUUUAUAAAUGGUAGUUCAUUUUAUUCAUGGUAUUCAAACAAAAUUAAAAAUUGAAUACAAUAAUAUGAACUUUUGAGAAGAGAAAAAAACAUAUAAAAAGAAGAUAUGUCGUAAACCAUAGUUGAACCUGUAUAUAUUUUAUAUUGUAGAGUAUAAAUAAUUCAAUUUGUAUAAUAUACUUAUUAAAUUUUGUUCAAUAAGAAUCUUUUUUAAAGAAAUACAUUUUUUUGGUACAACAUUUGUUUCAAAAAAAUUGUGGAAGUGUAACAUCAAAUAAAGAGAGAAAAAAAUGAAUUAUCCAGUUUUUUUAAGCUUAUGUUUGUUUUUUUUCGUUGCAUGUGGUAUUCAUGACGAUGAUCAAAAUGCAGAUACUGAUGAUAUCCCAGUUGAAAACCAAAAUGAAGAACCAUAUAGUAUUCAAAACGAUGGCCAAAAUGAAGAACCUGAUGGUAUCACAGUCAAAAAUCAAAAUGAAGAAUCAUGUGCUAUUCAAGGCGAAGACCAUAAUGAAAAACAGUUAUGCUCUGUCUGUUAUGACAAAAAUCCAGAUACAUCUAUAGGAGAAUGUUCACACAAAUUUUGCAAAGGAUGUAUAGAUACUUGGAAAAUAAAUAAGAGAAGCUACCGUUGUCCUUUAUGCAAUCAAGUAUACGAUAAUCUUGACGUUCAAGAAGAUAACAAUACAGCUUCUCUAGAUACAAUGAUUGAUUUGCUUGUAGCUAUGAGAAAUAUUACUAUGACGUUUGAUAACACUGAAGACAAUUUUCAAGUUACAAAUAACAAUACGACAUCAGUUCAUACUGAUGACGAUAGGAUUCCUCAAGAAACAAGUGUAUUCAAUAUUCAAGAGGAAGUGCUUAACGAUUCUGAAAUCCCAGAUAUAGUUAUUAAUUAUUUUGAUGACUUUCUUGCAAUUUUAAGAAGUAUCAAUAUGACUUCAAAUAACACUGAUGACAAUACGACUUCUCAAGAAACAAGAUUACAAGAUUUUUUUGAAGAUCCUUACUAUUCUAUUGACAUGUUCGCAGCUAUGAGAUAUAUGUAUACAACUUCUGAUGAUAUUGAUAACAAUGUGACUUCAGAUAGUACUGAUGACAAUACGACUCCUAUAGAAACAAAUGACAUUGGUAAUAAGAGCUAUUGGAAUUAAUACAAGUAGAAGUUAUUUUUUAAAUCUUAGUAUGACUUCAAGUUAGAGUCUAAUGUUUUCUACAAAAAAUUUAAAAACAAUUUUGAGAAUAAAAUAUUUAUGUUUUAAAAAUGAUUAUUUUACCUUAUUAUAAAUAUCGCAUUUCUAUUUA